AUGAAUGCGACGCUUACAACUACAGAAUUGUUCUCUCGACAAUUACAAAGUCGAACAUCGGCAAUCCGAUUCGUAGAAUCUUUUAUGAUGCUUCUUAUCAAUCUAACGUCUUUUGCCGGCAAUCUUCUGCUUGGAAUCGCCGCCAUAAAAAAUCCAUCUCUUGGGAGAUCAGUUACCAAUUUGUACAUCAUAACUCUGGCGUUCUCCGACUUUCUUAUCUCUUUGUUGGGAAUUCCAUUUUCAGUAGCCACUCUCAUUGUUGGGCGAUGGCCGUUCAAUAAUUUUCUUUGUCAGCUUCAGGGUUUUUGGAUUCUCCUUAUGUGUGCAAUUUCCCUCGAAACUCUCGCCGUUACUGCUGUAAACAGGUAUUUUCGAGUUGUGCAUUCUCGUGCGCUCUAUCAAAAAAUUUUCAACGCAAAGAAAAUCAGAGCAACGAUUGCGAUUCUGUGGAUCAUCGCUUUCCUCGCGCCCCUUCCUUACGUCGUUGCCGGACACGAAUUUUCUUUCCAUCCUGCAAAGGCUAUGUGCGCACACAACUCAGAAAGCCUGCUUAAAGGCUACGGAGCCUUCUUGGUCCUCGUGUACGUAGCCGUUCCAUUAAUUGUAAUCAUAGCGUGCUAUACCAGGGUGUUCAUGAAGGUGCGGAAACACAAUUUGAAUUUCAUCUUUCGGCUUCGAAGUAGUUGCAGAUCUGAGCCAUCGACAAACCGGUGCCUAUCAGUGGACGAAGUUAACGUGACUUACACUCUUCUAGUCGUCGUGACAGGUUUUCUAGUUUGCUGGACGCCUGUUGUAGUAAUCGACUUGAUCGACUUUCUUAAUUCAGAUUGGAAACUUAAACGACAAGUGUACGUGAGUUACACUUGUUUCGCCUUCACGAGCGCUUCUCUCAACCCAAUCAUUUAUGGCGUCAUGAAUCGUUCCUUUCGAAUGGAGUACUUGCGCAUCUUGGCGGCCUUCAAGUUCUGGUCUUACCGCAGAGGUAUUCAAGUUGAAAAUCGUAUCAUAAAAGUAAAAGAGGAUGUAACUCUUGAGAUGAGACAGAUAAAGUAAAGGAAAAAAGAGGAGAGAAAGCAACAACACAGACACUUUCAAAACUUGCAGUUUUAAUCAUUAUAAAUGAGGAGUUUGGUUAGUCAACGAAACACUCUCUUGGGUAGAUUUACAUUUUAGAAUUUGUCUUUGAGCUGGCUGUUGAAUACUAUACAAUGUUUAGAAUUUUUCCGUGGAGUUUCUGUCAUUGUGGCUUUUUUUAGUUUAUUUGGGAUCAUCGCUGUUAAAUUAUUAAUAGUCUAUGUUAGUAAGAUAGGUUUUUUGGCUGUUGUGACAUCCUGCGCCUAUCCUCAAUCUUUUUAGCACCGUUGGCGUCAAUGUUUUUUUAACUGUGU